GGGAGCUGCUAGUAGUAUAGCAUAGCCGAUCGAACCAACCGCGCUCUUGUUCUGCUUCUGCGCUGGUGUGUGUGUGUGUGUGUGUCUAGCUAACGCGUUCGAGUCCACACAGCUGAUCGAUCGGCAGCUAGCAUGAGCCAGCAACAGCCCGUCCGCGCCGGCGACGUGUACCCGGCGUCCGCCGACCGCCACCAGGCGCGCCGCGACCGGGACCGGGUCGUCGGGCAAGGCCACCAGCAGGAUGAGCAGCGCGGCCGUGACGGCGGCGGCCUGCAGGCCACCGAGACCGACCUCCCCGGCGGCAAGCGCAUGGUCACCGCCAGCGCCGGCGGCCAGGUACGUUGCUAUUGCGUACUCUCUUUAUUCGGUCCUUGGAACACGGAACGCCACGCUCUCUUUUCGCAGGUGAUGGCGCAGUUCACCGGGCCGGUGGCGGACCGGAACGUCGCGGACGCCACGGACGCGGUCACCGUGGGCGAGGCCCUCGAGGCGGCGGCGCAGACGUCUGCGGGCGGCAGGCCGGUGGGCCCCACCGACACGGCGGCGGUGCAGGCCGCGGAGAUGCGCGCGGCGGGGCGGGGCGGCAACGUGCCCGGCGGCGUGGCGGCCGCGGCGCAGCGGGCCGCGGAGGCGAACGCGGCGAGGGGCGGCCGCCGCGGCGCGGGGGCGGUGACGCUCGGGGACGUGGUGGGCGGCGCCGCGGAGGCGCUGCCGGCCAACAAGGUGGCCACGAGGCAGGACGCCGAGAGGGUGGCGGCCGCCGCGGCGCGCAACGAGGGGAGGGCGGGCGCCGGCGUCGUCGAGGCCGUGACGGCGGCCGCGGACAGGAACGAGAGCGGAUGAUGUAAUCGCGCACGUGCUAUGUACACCUCUCUAUAAUAUUGUCGCGGGUCACGACAGGCCGCUAGCCAGGAGGCUACCUCGACCUCGAGCUAGUACGUGCGUUUCUUGAAUAAAAUCGAGCAUCAUCAUCCAAAAU